AGUGAUAGUUAGAUUGACCACUGUAACUACAACAAAGUCACUGAGUGCUGUAGAUCGCGACUAAAGAGGAAAAUCAUUAUUUUGAAACAUUUGAUUGACGAAUCUUAUAGGAAUUAAAUCACUUUUCCCUGGAUUUGCUGAUGUUUUAAACGUGUUAAAGAUUGGUAAAAGAAUAAGUGACAAAAUGAAGUCAAGUGCAAUCUUUUUGCUACUGAUGCUUUGGAACUGCGAGAGCGCGAGAGUCGCAGAAAGUCGAGACGACAACAGUGUUUACGAUCUGUUUGAGCUCGUCCAAGUGCCCAGGAAAAACCACGGGGUCACCCUGGUGAAAGGCGACGACCCGUACAGCCCCGCCUACAAGAUCCUGAACCCCGACCUGAUUCCCCCGGUUCCCGAGAGCGCCUUCAGGGACCUAAUCGAUUCCAUUCAUGCCGAGAGAGGAUUUCUGCUCCUGGUCAAUUUCAAGCAGUUCAAGCACACACGGGGAAGCCUUCUGACCGUGGAAAAGAAUGACGGCUCCGGACCCAUUUUUGAAAUCGUUUCCAACGGAAAAGCCAACACUCUGGACAUUGUGUUUUCCACUGAAAACAAGCAACAGGUCGUGUCCAUCGAGGAAGCGGAUUUGGCGGUGGGACACUGGAAAAACAUCACUCUUUUCGUACAGGAGGACAGGGUUCAGUUCUAUGUGGGAUGUGAAGAGGUGAACACUGCGGAGCUCGAUGCUUCGAUCCAGUCGAUCCUCACUCAGGAGACCCCAGGUGUGGCGAGCUUGAGGAUCGGCAAGGGCGCAGUAAAGGACAGGUUUAUGGGGGUUUUGCAAAACGUGCGCUUUGUGUUCGGAACCACACUGGAUGCGAUUCUGAGGAAUAAAGGAUGCCAAAACUCAAUUAUGACUGAUAUCAUCACCCUUGACAAUCCCAUAAAUGGAUCCAGACCUGCAAUCAGGACUGAUUACACUGGCCACAAAACAAAAGAUCUACAGAUGAUUUGUGGCUUCUCUUGUGAGGAACUGGCUGGCAUGUUUAAGGAACUGAAAGGUCUUGGUGUGGUGGUGCAAAAACUGUCCAAAGAACUCAGCAAAGUGACAGAUGAGAAAAACAUGCUCAUGAAUCACAUUGGCAUUCAUGCUGGUGUGUGUAUUCACAAUGGAAUAGUGCACAAAAACAAGGACGAAUGGACGGUGGACGAUUGCACAGAGUGCACUUGCCAGAAAUCUGCAACGGUGUGCCGCAAGAUUUCGUGUCCCCUAAUCCCGUGUGCAAACGCCACAGUGCCUGAUGGGGAAUGCUGCCCUCGUUGUGGAACCCCGAGCGACUCCGCUGAGGAUGGCUGGUCCCCCUGGUCUGAAUGGACCCAUUGUUCUGUGUCUUGUGGAAGGGGCAUUCAGCAGCGCGGCCGCUCUUGCGACCGCAUCAAUAACAACUGCGAGGGCACGUCGGUGCAGACGAGAGACUGCUACCUCCAGGAGUGUGACAAGCGCUUUAAGCAAGAUGGCAGCUGGAGUCACUGGUCACCUUGGUCCUCCUGCUCGGUCACCUGUGGUGCUGGCGUUAUCACUCGCAUUCGUCUUUGUAACUCUCCAACACCUCAAAUGGAAGGCAAAGAUUGCCAGGGUGAAGGUCGGCAAACUGAGAGGUGUGAGAAAUCACCAUGUCCGAUCAAUGGUGGCUGGGGACCAUGGUCACCCUGGGACAUAUGCUCCGCUACCUGUGGUGGUGGUGUCCAAAAUCGUAAGCGUCUUUGCAAUAAUCCAGUGCCCAAGUAUGAUGGCAAAGACUGCCUGGGACACGCAAAAGCCAGCCAGGUUUGCAACAAACAAGCCUGUCCAAUUGAUGGAUGUCUUUCAAGUCCAUGCUUUGAAGGAGCCCAGUGUACAAGCUUCCCAGAUGGCUCCUGGCAAUGUGGAAAAUGCCCCCCAGGAUACACUGGCAAUGGGAUCAACUGCAAGGAUAUCAAUGAGUGUGAGGAUGUCCCUGAUGCCUGCUUUGAAUUUAAUGGAGUCCAUAGGUGUGAGAACACAGUGCCGGGCUACAACUGCCUGCCAUGCCCCACUCGCUACACCGGUCCACAGCCAUUUGGUCGAGGAGUGGAGGACGCUGCUGCCAAGAAACAGGUGUGCACGCCUCGUAAUCCCUGCCUCGAUGGAAGCCACGACUGCAAUAAGAACGCUCGCUGCAACUACCUGGGCCAUUUCUCAGACCCUAUGUACCGCUGUGAGUGCAGACCUGGCUACGCUGGAAAUGGACACAUUUGUGGAGAGGACACUGAUCUUGAUGGCUGGCCUAAUGCUGAUCUUGUUUGUGUCGAGAACGCAACUUAUCACUGCAAAAAGGACAACUGCCCCAAUCUUCCCAACUCUGGGCAAGAGGACUACGACAAGGAUGGAAUUGGUGAUGCUUGUGAUGAUGAUGAUGAUGACGACGGCAUUCCUGAUGACAGGGACAACUGCCCACUCAUCUUCAACCCAAGACAGUACGACUAUGAUCGCGAUGAAGUGGGAGACCGCUGCGAUAACUGUCCGUACAACAGUAACCCAGACCAAACUGACACUGACAACAAUGGUGAAGGUGACGCCUGUGCUGUGGACAUUGAUGGAGACGGUAUUUUGAAUGAGAACGAUAACUGCCCAUAUCUAUACAACGUCGACCAGAAAGACACUGAUCUCGAUGGAGUUGGUGACCAGUGUGACAACUGCCCUCUGGAACACAACCCAGAUCAGCUCGACUCUGAUUCGGACCGUGUUGGAGACAAAUGUGACAGCAACCAGGAUAUCGAUGAGGACGGUCACCAAAACAACCUUGACAACUGCCCGUACAUCCCCAAUGCGAACCAGGCUGACCACGACAAGGAUGGUAAAGGAGAUGCCUGUGACUACGAUGAUGAUAAUGAUGGCAUCCCUGAUGACAAAGACAACUGCAGAUUGGUUUUCAAUCCAGAUCAACUGGAUUCUGAUGGCGACGGACGUGGCGAUGCCUGUAAAGACGACUUUGACCAGGACAAUGUCCUAGAUAUCUAUGACGUGUGUCCUGAGAACUUUGACAUUAGUGUAACAGACUUCCGCAAAUUCCAGAUGGUACCUCUGGAUCCCAAGGGCACUUCUCAGAUUGACCCCAACUGGGUGGUGCGCCACCAAGGAAAAGAACUGGUUCAGACAGUCAACUGCGACCCCGGCAUUGCUGUUGGUUUUGAUGAAUUCAAUUCAGUCGACUUCAGUGGAACAUUCUUCAUCAACACAGAGAGGGACGAUGACUAUGCCGGCUUUGUUUUCGGAUACCAAUCCAGCUCUCGCUUCUAUGUGGUCAUGUGGAAACAGAUCACACAGACCUACUGGUCCAGCACACCAACCAAAGCACAGGGUUACUCGGGGCUAUCAAUCAAAGUGGUUAAUUCCACCACAGGGCCAGGCGAGCAUCUGAGGAACGCCCUUUGGCACACCGGAGACACCCCAGGACAGGUGCGCACACUGUGGCAUGACCCGAAGAACGUGGGAUGGAAGGACUUCACUGCUUACAGAUGGCACCUGACUCAUAGACCAAGAACUGGACAUAUAAGGGUGGUCAUGUAUGAAGGCAAAAAGAUCAUGGCAGAUUCUGGCAGAAUUUAUGACAAAACGUAUGCAGGCGGAAGACUGGGUCUCUUUGUCUUCUCACAAGAGAUGGUGUACUUCUCAGACCUCAAAUAUGAAUGCAGAGAUGUGUAAUUGCACAGGAAGUUUAUCAAAGAAUGCACCUUUCCAUAUAAUUAUGUAUUCCGGGCAAAGUCCAGGGACUGAUUUGACGUUACUAGUUCUGCUCACACUCUGGUGGAGUGAGAAAGCAGGAGGUCAAUUUCAAUGUAAUUGUCACUGGUUGGGAUAGAAAACACGUGGCUGCCGAUUCAGAAUAUCUGGACUCCUCCACCAUUAGCAGGUAGAGCAGAAGAAAGUCUUCCUUGCUUUGCUUAAUUGGGAAGACUGAGAUCUCUCUCUGAAAAACCUCAUUUGGCUCUGUGUGGGAAGAGCUCCCAACAGACAGCUAUGCACUUCAAAACCUUUAUUCUCUCUCUCUCUCUCAUGUGUUUUCAUGCUCUCUUCCUGAAAAGAUCCCCAAAUUAUGGCUACUUAAGAGAGAGCAAAACCCUUUUAACUUUUCAGUAUUUUCUCAAAACCUUAAACCGAUUUCUUGACUAGGAACAAAGCAAUGAGAAUGUUUUAAGAUAUUGAAGCAAUAAACAUUUUAAAGAUCGUAUAGGUGAAAUAAUAUAUAUAUAUAUAUUGUUGUGGUUGCUGAAAGUAGGGGAUUUUUAAGAGGACCAAUCUGUCAUUUAUUGAAUGUUAUCUAAAUUUCUGUUUGUCUAUCUAAAAGAUUUGCUUGGCAGAGGCUCAUCUUAAGUAUAAUGUACAUUCAUACAGGUCUGGCAGGAGAUAACUCAUGGUUUAGUGGGCAUAGUUUUCUCAGGGCUAGAUGGUUAAACCAUAUUAACAAUACAUUAGAAAUGGCAUAAUGAAAGGUUGUAUGAAGAGCAAUUGGACAGACCCAGGAUUGAAGAUUCUCUGUUACAGGAAAUGAUUUAGCCACAUACGGAUACUAGAUUACCAAGUACUCUAGCCUUCUUUUCAAAUAAAAUGCCAGGUUUUGUUUGAGAUGCUAAUUUCUAAGGGAAAGUUGAGUUUAAGUCUUUUAGACUUCUAUAUGUAGCACUUACACAUUGGCUAGACUGUGCUGGGAUUUUGCUUCAAGAAGCAUAAGAGAGGGUCUUGCUAAGAUAAGCCUCGUUAAAAAACAACUAAAAAACAACAAAAUCUUCAUAGCCAAAGGCCUGUCCAAUACUACUCAUCCAAGCCUUUCCAGUCAAAAAGACAUUCAUCCAUCUCUUCCAACGGAGAUGAUCUUCUGACCUUUUCUGUAAGAGAGAGAGAUAAAGGAAAACCUUAAUGUACAAAUAUUACCUCAUUGCUGUUUUGUAAUUUGAUCAAACUAAACCUUUUAAAUACUUUUUCCUUUGCUUAAAGAAAACAAAUUGGUUGCCUUACUGCUACUGUAGCACAAGUUGUAAAUAGUAUAUAGAACAAACAGCCAGCCCCACAUCCCAAUGGAAAACAGAGUAAAAUGGGAGACAACAAUUUUUUUUAGGAAUACAUUUGCCAGUGCUUCAAUGUCCAGUACUUUUUUUUUUUGUUGUUGAUAAAUUAUUGCUCUAUUUGUUGUCUCUGUUUCUGUUUGUAAGACUGUUUCAUAUGUGUGUGUAGAUAAAUGCUAUUUAAAUAAUUUAUCAUGGAAUGCCACCUGAGAAGGACGCAUUUCCAUCUGUAUAAACAGUUUGCACACUGACGUGAGGAUGUUCUGUUCUUCAUUGUUUGUAUCUUUAUUGUGUUGUUAUUUUUGUACAUUUAGUGAUGCUUGACUGUAAACAUUUUGACUUAGUUACACAAUGCUAUUUUUAUGUUAUAGCAAUUAUUUUGGUACAUACUUCAGAAUAAUAAACAGAUUAUAGACAUUGUAAAACAGA